GCUUCCAACCAAGUGGUUUUUGUGUUAUGCUUUUCCAAGGAUAUUUUUCUUCUUUUUUUGAAGAAGUUCCUUUAAUACAAAUUUAUAUUUUUGCUAUCUGGUAUUUUUUGAAUACAUUAGAUGUUAAUGGAAUUGCUGUACAGUUUCUUUAUCGAUACCUGGGGCUUAAUUGGUAUAUUUACUUAUUUAACAUGUAG